UCUCUUAGGUUGGUAACUACCUGCGCAUGUUCAGGGGUUCCCUGUACAAGAGGUACCCGUCUCUGUGUCGUCGACUAGCCACAGUUGAAGAAAGGAAGAAGAUUGUAGCAUCCUCACAUGAUCAUGGUUAUACCACUUUAGCUACCAGCGUGACGCUUCUCAAAGCAGCGGAGGUUGAAGAAAUCCUAGAGGGAAACGAUGAGAAGUACAAGGCUAUCUCAAUCAGCACUGAACCACCUGCCUAUCUCAGAGAGCAGAAGGCGAAACGGAAUAGUCAGUGGGUGCCAACCCUGCCCAACAGUUCACACCACCUCGAUGCUGUGCCCUGUUCCACAACCAUCAAUCGCAACCGUAUGAGCCGGGACAAGAAAAGGACAUUCCCUCUCUGUUUUGAUGACCAUGACCCAGCAGUGAUCCAUGAAAACGCCUCUCAGGCUGAAGUGCUGGUUCCUAUCCGCCUCGACAUGGAGAUAGAUGGACAGAAGCUGAGGGAUGCCUUCACAUGGAACAUGAAUGAGAAGUUGAUGACCCCAGAGAUGUUUGCAGAGAUUUUGUGUGAUGACCUGGAUUUGAAUCCUUUGACCUUUGUCCCUGCCAUCGCCUCAGCAAUUCGUCAACAGAUUGACUCCUACCCGACAGACAGUAUUCUAGAAGAUCAGUCCGAUCAGAGGGUCAUCAUUAAGCUGAACAUCCAUGUGGGGAACAUCUCGCUGGUGGAUCAGUUUGAGUGGGACAUGUCUGAGAGGGAGAACUCGCCUGAGAAGUUUGCUCUGAAGCUGUGCUCUGAGUUGGGUCUCGGAGGAGAGUUUGUCACCACCAUUGCUUACAGUAUCAGGGGUCAGCUGAGCUGGCAUCAGCGCACAUAUGCCUUCAGUGAGAACCCGCUGCCCACAGUGGAGAUUGCGAUCCGAAACACUGGAGAUGCUGAUCAGUGGUGCCCCCUGCUCGAGACGCUGACUGAUGCCGAAAUGGAGAAGAAGAUUCGAGAUCAGGACAGAAACACGAGACGCAUGAGACGUCUUGCAAACACAGCUCCAGCCUGGUAACUGAACCUAUGCUCACCCUGGUCACCAGCCUGGUAACUGAACCCGUGCUCACCCUGGUCACCAGCCUGGUCCAGAUAAUGAAGUUCCUGCAGCAAUCAUUGCAAGGGCUAAUUCUGAAAGAAUAGACAUUCCCCACAGUGGCCUUGUCGCAGACCCCCACACUGUGUAUAAGGACUGGUGCAGUAGUGUCAGUGCUCCUUACAAGAUGUCUUGAUCUUAUCCAGUUCCUAUCCCUGCAGUCAGUGCACAGGAGUCUUGCCUUAAUCCGUUUUUUGUAUAGGUGCCUAUUGCACUUCUAGCGAAGUUUUUUAAAUAAAGUUCUUAAUUUUAA